GUCUGCACCCUAAAGGAACCUGCAAAGGUCCCCCUCCCCCCCAGAGGUGGAGCCCCAUCUUGGAAGGGGCGAGGGACCAGGGUCACCCAGGGAGGGGAGGGGGCUGUGACCCCCGUGUUGCUCCAGUAGGCAAGGGUACCUUUCAGGAGGACCUGUGCAACUUGCCCAAUCCUUUCGCAGCAGCAGUUUGUCUGAAGGGUCCUGGGCAUGGUCUGAGUGAGGGCAUUGCAGGGUUGAGCUCCUUCUAGUCGGUGCCUGGAUGGGAGACUGCCUGGAGAAACUCCCCCCCCCAUAUUGCUUUCAGUUCUAGUUUGGAGAAGAGGUGAUGUGUAAAUGCAAUAAAUAGGGCUGCUGGCCCUAGGAUACUGCAUUUCAUAUUAUCUGGAAUCAAGAGCUGCCGAAACUGCCCUUCUGGGGCCCAGGUGGAAAGUGGAAUGACUUGAUCAGCCUGCCCUUGGCCAGCCAGAUGUUUUGGACUACAGCUGCCAUCAGCCCCGGCCAAGCAGAGCACUCUCUCUCCGCCUGCAUUUUGGGGGGCCGUCCAUGCCACUGGUUUGGGGAGACACCUUCCAACAAAGAGGAUAAAGAGAAGGAGAUGCCUCCUCCUGCCUCUCCCCCCACAAACACCACUGGGGCACCCCUCCUCCCGCUGAGCCCUGCCGACCCCCAAGACCAGAGCAAUGAGUUCCACAUCAAGCACAUGCAGAGGGCUUUCACAGCCAGCCUCAUGCCCAGCGGGCAAAUCCUCAUCUGGGAAUACCUCAGUGGCUGGAAAGAGCUUAUCAAGUUUAUGGAUUCUCUGGGCGCUGCCUUUGGUUUGAUCUCACGGGAGACUCAGACCAAGAUCGCCAUCAUGCAGCAACACCAGAAUGGGCCGCAGGGCCCUCACUACCACACCCUGCAGUCCAUGGUGAACUUUGAACUGGCCAAGGGCUUGGUGGGCUUCCAGUCUCUCCCAGCCGGCCACCUCCCCUCUGGCUGCCGGACACUGCUGCGACUUCAUCGGGCCUUGAAGUGGCUGGAGCUUUUCCUGCACAAGCUGGGGACCAGCGAGGACAGAGACCCUUCCCAGAUGUGUGCGGACGCCUACCGGGAGGCGUUGGCCCCAUACCACAGCUGGUGGGUGCGGCAGGUGGCUUCUCUGGCCUUCAUGGCUUUGCCCUCCCGCCAGGACCUGUACCACAUCAUCUGCCUGGAAGAAGAGCGGAAGGCUCGGACCAUCCUCCAGGCCACCGUCCACAGCAUCGCCCGGGUGUACAACAUCACACACGAGGUGUACGCUGCCCACGGGAUGCUGGACCUGCCCUGAUGCCUCCUCGUACCCAAAGGCUGCAGGAAGAGUUGUUUGCCAGGAGAGAGGGAAGGAGGGAGGUGGAGUUCGGAUUAGUAUUGAGUAAAACCAUAUGCUUAUGUGCCUUAAGAAGAAAUCUUGUUAAUCUUGUUAGCUUUGUUAUCUUUAAUAAAUACUUAAUUUGGUUUACCAAA